GGAUGAUAUUGUCAUGGUGUCUCACGUGGGUUGAAAUGCCAAUCUGUUCUAACAAUAUAAAUGGAAUUCGUUAAAGCUUCCAAUUGCUUAGUUAUUCUUAUUAUUGCUUAUUUAUUAUAUGAUAACUGGACGCUAAAGCAAAUAAUUAGGGAGCGAAAGCAAAAUAUUUCUGAAGAUGGAAUAUAUUCAUCAGUUUGGUGUCGUGGAAGUAAUAAUACCAAUCGCAAAUGUAGAUUUAAAAAUCUCUGUUAUUGGCCAAGAAGUAAAGAAUAUAUAUUUUUUCAUCAUGAAAAAUCGAUUUUAAGUGGAGUGCCAAAUAAUCGAUUUCCAGUUCUAGUCGAUUUAUCAUCUGUUGAUGACCACAAUACUCAGUAUUUCACGUUUGUAGAUCUUCCUCAUUCGGUAUCUAAUGAUUUUAAAAUUGAAUUUAUUAAUAAGUCAACCUUAAUAUUUAAUAGAUUCAAUCCGGACAAUUUAAUGCAUGUUUUUCAUGAUGAUUUAUUACCUGUUUAUGCAACAUUAAACGAGAUUUGCCACAAGAUAGAUGACUGUAAGGUUCAGUUGUUUUUUUCCGAAAACAGAGGUCCUGGACCAUAUUAUGAGUUAUACAAAAUAUUUAAUGUUGCACCUUUAAUCAGAGAACUGAAAUUGGAAACAUUAUAUUGUUUUAAAAAUGCAUGGUUAGGAUUAAAUAAAAUGACAACUUGGUAUGAUUACGGCUUUAAAGUACCACAAGGACCUCUAAUGGAUAAGGACUGGACAAUGAUGUCAAGAAUAAUUAAACAGUUUUGUGAAUAUUUUAUAAAGUCUUUUAAUUUAAGUAAUUGGAAAAGUAAUAAAGAACAAACUGCAGUGUUAAUAGUUAGAGAACAAAGCCGUCUAAUUUUGAAUGAAUAUGAAGUGAUUGAAACUAUUAAAGAGACUACAGGACUUUCUGUUCUUGUAGUAGGAUUAGAAAAAUAUUCGGUACCGGAAAUAGUAAAUAUUAUUAGGCAUUGUGUUUUAGUUAUUGGAAUGCAUGGUGCAUUGUUAGUUUUAUCUAUGUUUUUGCCACCUGGCUCUAUUUUAAUAGAAUUAUUUCCUUAUGCAGUAAACUCAACACAUUAUACACCAUAUAAAACUUUAGUUUCUUUACCAGGAAUGAAUAUUAUAUAUCAGUCAUGGCAAAAUAUGGAAUUAAAAAAUACAGUAACUCAUCCAGAUAAUCCAGUACAUCUUGGAGGAAUAAAUCAUUUAUCACCUGAACAGAAACAAGCUAUACUAUUUAACAAAGAAGUUCCACAACAUCUUUGUUGUUAUAAUCCUGAAUGGAUGUUUAGAAUAUAUCAAGAUACUAUUGUAAAUGUAUCUUCAUUAAAGUAUACAUUAAAGUCGGCUUGGGAUAACCGAAAUUAUGACUUAGAAAAGAUUUUAGUAAAGAAUUCUGAAAACAUUGUGAAAUUAUUUUAUCCUGGUCAAGUUCGCCAUUCAAGAUGCAAUAUAGUAUCAACAGUAGAUAAUAAAAAUGCAAUUAAAAUUACUUGGGAACCUCCUUGGAAUUUGCAAUAUAUACCUUAUGCUUUAGUGCAAUAUGAAGUAUGGAUAUUAUUAAAUGAUACUGAAAAUGUGACAGCUGUGAUAAUGAAAGAGACAAAUUACAUAUUUGAGAAUAUUAUAGAUAAUAGAGAAUAUCUUAUUUGGAUCCGAUGCCAUGCUGAUAGUCAAGUUGGACCUUUUAAUACUUAUCCAAUUAGUUGCAAUACUUAGUUUGUAAAAUGUAAUAAAUGAAACAAUUUAAAGUCUUGCAUAAAUGUAAUACUUGAGCUAUUUGUUCACAUUGUAAAAUCUGCAUUAAUUGUGUAUCUACUCUAAAUGCUUUGUAAUGGCAGCUGAUGUCCUGUUUUAAUCCUGCCUUUAUUUUUUUAAUAUAAAUGAAUAUUUUAUUUAUAAAAUAAAUAUUUAUUUUUUAUUAAUAAAAUUCUUUAACCUCAAAUGUCAAAUUAUUACUGUAA